CUAGCCGAAGUCUGUCCUGUCAUUUGUCAAGUGUGACUGAACUUUUAUUUCAAUAAUUUGAUUUAUAUCAUAAAAUUACGUAAAUAUGUCACAAAUACCAUUAGAAGCGAAUGCACAGCAAAUUGAUUUAACUACGUUAUCAUUGCCACAAUUGACACAAUUAAAACAGCAGCUAGAUCAAGAGCUGACUCUCUUUCAAGAAUCCCUACAGUCUUUAAAAUUAGCUCAAAACAAAUUUCAAAACUCUGGCGAAUGCUUAGAAAAGGUGACACCUGAGUCGGAAGGAAAAUCUAUACUUGUUCCCCUUACUGGAUCUAUGUAUGUGCCAGGAAAGUUAGCAGAUACAAAACAUGUUAUAAUAGACAUUGGUACAGGCUAUUAUGCAGAGCAAGAUAUUGCCGGGGCCAAGAGUUACUUUAGACGUAAGAUUGCUUUUGUCACGGAACAAAUGGAGAAGAUACAAAUUAUCGGAUUGGAGAAAAGCAAAAUACGUGAUACAGUUGCAGAAGUAAUGGAAUUGAAGAUGCAAGCUCAAACGGCGCAAAGUUAAUGUUUAAGUUUUAAUAUUUAUUUUAAAAUUCGUAUUGCUGCUCGUUUAAAAAAAUGUCACUCUUUAGUUGUGAUAGGCAUUAAAAACUUUGCUAAAUACACCUACUAAAUUAUUUGUUAAA